AGUGAAGUAGGGUGCAGAGAGCUUUCGUAUUUUAUCUCCUGUCCCAUACACUUGGACACACGAGGACCCUUCUCAGCUUUGAGCUAGGUUUAAGCUUUAAUAUCACGGUGUAGUUGGUCAUUAUAACCUGUAUUUAUACAUGUGAAGAACGAUCUUUAUCUUGCUUUGUCAAGAAAAAGCUUUGUCAGCUGAAGAAGCUAUUGUAAAAAAGGUAAAUCAAGUGCUCGUUGAAACGAACAGAUUGAUACUGUCGUAAGAUGUAAGAAUUAGGAAUUCGUACUCGCUCACUUUUACGCCCAUCGCACAGUUUAUAUCCGUUUUCCGAGAUGAUAUCCUUGCAGAUCUAGCAAGUGAGUCUUAUAUCGACAGACACCGGAAUGUCAUUGUGACUUGUGUGUAACUAUAAAAGUAAAGUGAAGUAUUGCAGUGCAUCUGAGUAUGUUGUAAUCUCUACUAGUCGGAGAAAAAAUGGAGACACAGCGGCACUCUGACGCAGAGUAACACAGAGUUCAGCGGCCAUUAUUUUCCAGCAUUUCCGUCAUAGCAACGAGAAUAAAGCGCAUCAUAUCGACCCCUUUUUUAGUAUCAUCGCAGCGACAGCAACACAGCGACAUCAAUAGUACUUACCAUUGCAAUUUAUUGCCGAGAGUAUCAUAACAAAGACAUCUUCAUCACGGCGACAUCACGACAGGGAGGACGCCAGCGACCAAGGCGAGUGCAACAAGAAGAUCGACAUUCUACAGCAGAACUACUUUUGGAAUAUUUACUUUACAACGACGACCUAGACUGAUCCCCAACGUUUUUCUCCUCGAUUAACGCCGCAGGAGGAGCUUUUCAACGUGUCUAGAACUCGAAGAUCGAAAGUCGAUCGUUAUUUCGCGAAAAUGGCUCCACCAAGUUCCGUCCCCACCACGGCGCUAGUCGCCACGAGUUCCCUACCCGCACUAGCCGACUCCUUCAGGCGGAAAAAGCUCUACUCACUUGCCGCUUUUGUCUUUUUGUGCUAUCUGUUUCGGAAGCACAUAAGGCGAGCACUAGGAUGGAGUGAGGACGCAGAUGCUUCGAUAUCACAGUCUGGCUUGUUUAUUCGCAGUUCCAUACGAAACUGGAUCCUGUCGAAUUUAGGUUUUCCAGAAUUGCUCGACGCGCGAGUGAGCUACACGAGCAAUACAGACUUCAACAAGGUGCAAGCAGCGCUGUUGUCGUUAUGGUGUCUUGUGUGACAACGUUGUGUUGCUUGUGUGACAAUGAUAGUUCCCCUUUUCUCUUUUCUAUCUUCCUCUGGUCUUUCUUUUUUCUAGUUAGGUGCGUGGGCUCCACCACAAUUAAGUAGGGUUGCUACAAGUGUCUCUCUUGUUCUGGCUUGAAAAAUAGUACAUCAUCCUUCGCUAGGCUGUCCUGAAAAUAAGCCUGGUUGACGUGUACUAUUUCCUUUAUCCUCCUUCCCUCUUCGAUCUUCUCCUUUCAUACCAAACCGAGCAUCUAGGCCUAGGACGAGUAGAGAAGAGGACCUUAGCGGUCCGUCGACUGGAUGAAAUGUUUCCGAACCAGUAUCUACGCGCGAAAAUUUUGAAAGCGGCCGCGGAUUGCCGUGACAAUGAGGAGUUGAUUUUGCCAAUCUUCUUGUCGGCGACGGAUAAGUGGCAUGUCCUGAAUACGUGUACAAAUUAUGUUGAAAAAAAGAUGAUCAAGCUCAUGUUUCCGAUUUUCUAUGCUACUAUGUGAUAAUCCCAUCCUGCACGAGAUGUUGUCCAAUUAGGAAAUCAUCGCCGAAUAAACCUAAAAGCUCUCCUUCAUCUUUCCACCCCGUCCACUUGUACCUCUAAGCAACUGCCGUUUCGGAGUUGUUCUCGUCAGCCCACGUUUACUUCAACGAAGCCCGCGCGAAUGACAGUUACUACAGAAGCGCUUGGUACUUGUUCACGAUCACGUGCACAAGAAAUGUAGCUGGCGGUCGGUUCUUCAUCACGCCAUCCAAACCAGUUCAUAGUGGGUCUGAUGUAGGCCAGCUGUGCCUGCGCAUCAUCCUCGUGUCAGAGAAUGAGCUCAGGAAAAUAGCUUCCGGCGAAACCUCAGAACCGCCGAAAGGGUUUUUUAACGAGAGGCAUAACGGUAGAUGGCGCGUUUUGGUGAGGAUGGCGAAUUUGUUUAUACGGCAGUUGGAAAGCAUAACAGACACCACGUGGGAUGGUAAUCAAGACUGGGGAGCGAACCUUUGUGGGAGAUUAGGUAUUCUCUAAGUGAAUGAUGUUUCUUGUGCUACAUCGAAAUUGAUGAACAGCGGUGGGAUAUGGCACGAGAAAAACAUAUUUUUAUUUUUUUUGAUUAAUAUUGUGGUCGGAAGUCUAAAAUCACUUCUAGUAUAGCUGAGUAUGAUGAAGACUGGUGCACCUAAGAUUUUGAUCUCGUAUUUUCACACUCACAACCCUAGGUGCCACGGCCCUUGAGCGGCGGAAAAUGCGGAUGCAGGCGUUGGGGGCGAAUAGCACAUGCUACGAGAGUUUUGCGACAGAUCUGCCCAGCAACCUUGCAUACGACCCAGAAGACAACUGUUUUUUGAGAAUUCACAUUCCCUAUCCUGGUGGUCAAGCAGUGAAAGCUCACGACAACAACGCGCGCGCUUGUCAGGACGUUGUGCUGUAUUCGUAAUGAAGGAGUUAUCUACUCAAGAAACUCGGACUUAGACAUCACCUAUUUCUGAUUUGCUUCUUCUAGAAUCUUCUAUCAUCAAAAUGACUGGAAAAUGUUCCGCCUUUAUUGUUUCAAUUGCGAUUUAUGAAAACAUUGUUCUAGGUUUUCCAGCACUCAAGAAUACUGCUCCUCCCAUAUGUAAGUAUGCUGAGGUCAUAUCAGCAUCUAUGUAUCUGAAGGCUUUCAACAUCGCAAUUUCAAUGAAAUUUAACGACUCCUCAGAAACUGAAUCAUUUUGAUUCAUCUGCCUGAGAGCAGGGGAUUUUUUGGUGUGUAGUAGUAUGUAAGGUUUAGAAGGUAAGGUUUAGAAGCAUGAUAAACCCAAAAAUGUUCCGCUGGAAGAAGAAUUUUGCGUAGGGUGUGCAACCCAAUGCUUGCGGUUUUUAUGUCGAAGCAUCACCAUCUACACCUUGAAGUGGCUGCUGGACCAGCGCCUCUGGGCUCAACACAGACACUACUGCUGUGUUCUUUUAGCGCAUGGGGAC